AAUUAAGGGUCGGCUCUGGUUUGGUCUGGCUGGUCUGGCUGGUCUGGUCCGGUCCUACCCAUUGGCAGAGUGUUUACCAAGUGAUCUUUCUUUCAUCAAUCUAAGCAGCACAGCCACUUUUUCGGUUAUAAAUUCUCACACCCUUUUCGAUUCCAACUCAGUCUCUAUCUAUCUUCCUCUGCCUUUGAUUUCACUGUUUUUCCUCUGGUUUUUCCACUCGCCGGAGUUGGGCUGAUUCCGACGGCCAUGGGCGGCAGACCGCCAUAUUUGGAGCUCUUUCUGGAGGAGACUAGUUUGUACAACCGCAUUGUUUUGGGAACCAUUUUUCCUGACUUUGUUUUGGACCCAUUUCCUCAUAUUCUUCAAACAUGGCUUAGAAACUGCAUUGGUGGAUUCCUAAUUUACUUCUUCUCUGGCUUUCUUUGGUGCUUCUUCAUCUAUUACUGGAAGCGAAAUGUCUAUGUUCCUAAAGAUUCUAUUCCAUCAAAUAGAUUGAUGCUAUUGCAGAUUCAUGCAACAGUCAAGGCCAUGCCAUUGUACUGUGUCCUUCCGACGUUUUCUGAAUACGUGGUAGAACACGAUUGGACGAGAUGCUAUCCGAGGGUAUUCGAUGUGGGAUGGCUUGCCUAUGCCUUCCAUGUAACUACUUAUCUUACGUUUGUAGAGUUUUCUAUUUAUUGGAUGCAUAGGGCACUCCAUGAUGUAAAGCCUCUUUACAAGUAUCUUCAUGCUAAGCAUCAUAUGUACAACAAGAAAGCUACUCUCUCACCCUUUGCUGGACUAGCAUUUCACCCAGUGGAUGGGAUAUUGCAGGCAAUACCUCACUUGUUCGCUCUGUUUCUCAUUCCAAUCCAUUUUAGAACACAUAUCAUGCUGCUGUUUUUUGAGGUGGUAUGGACAACAAACAUUCACGAUUGCAUCCACGCACAAAUGUGGCCAGUCAUGGGUGCUGGCUACCACACCCUUCAUCAUACAAGAUACCGCUACAAUUAUGGCCAUUACUCCAUAUGGAUGGAUUGGAUGUUCGGGACACUUCUUGACCCAAUGGAUACACAACACAAGUUGUCGUGAUCGGUUGCUUCAACACAUUUAUAGCUUUUGUUGAUUCUUUGUGUUCAAUGUAAAUCAAGUUGGUCAUGUCUGUACACCAUCGUCAAAUUUAACAUCUUACGAAUUACCUUGACAGCCAAAUGUAGUAAAGCCAGACAGUUGCCCCAUACAAUUAGUCGAGAUGAUAGCUUCAUCGAACAAGUGUUUCAGGCGUUGUACCUGUUUCUACAUUGCAAGAGAGAAACGAAGCACUACCAAAAG